AAAAGUUCCUGGAACUGAAGCCGAUGUCUGCAGCAGAUUCAUUGUGAGUUUCACACUUUGUGCCCAUGGCCACAAUCUAUUUCUGUGGUUCCAGUUAUGUAUGACUGUCUUUAGGAAUGAACCGGACCAUGUUACACCCUGGGCCCUCCCCCAGACGCCCUGCUAAAGUAACAGCUGAUGUCAGUCCUGCUUAAAGACACACAUGCUCCCAGCUGGCUACAACCGCACUACAACCUGUGCAACAGUACAGUCAAAGGCACAGCAGGCAGCAAGCUGGACCACAGAAGGGCUCCUGCACCCCCGCCCCCCCCAACACGUCACGUUUGGCUAAAAGGAGGCUCCAAACCACGCUCACAAAUCCACAAUCCCAGACUUAAAUCCCAAAUUACAGGAGACUAACGUGAGAGUGACAGGGUCAUCUGUCUGCACCCCCAUGUGCCUGCUGGGACGAUGGAGCUGCGCUGCCUUCCUACAGAGACCCCCACCACGGCCAGCACCUGCUCCAUGGACCCCCUGUACGACAACUGCCCGCCUUUUGCCCAGCGAGUCAAACCCAGGGAGAAGGGAGUGGAGAGAGGGAUCGCAUGUCCUUUUGUGAGCAGGUUUCCAGGCGCUGGCAGCCCCCCACCUGGUGUGGUCCCAGCUUUGGCUGAGGUUCACCCGCUGGUGUGUGGAGGAGAGGCUGGCGCCUUGCCAGAGAGCUGCUCCUCCAGCUGCAGAGGAGGCUUGGGACGUCCGGCCUGGGAAGAGGAGCCAAGAGGAGGCAGGAAAAAACCAACAGAACAGGGAUGUGGCUGGGGGCCAAAGGACGGAGUCUGCCUGAAGCAAAGCCCCAGCCCAUCAUUAAGCGAGGAGCAUCGCAGUGCUUUGUCUCUGUACGACAAUCUCCUGGAUGCUGAGGUGACUGGCAGCCACCGCCCGCUCUUUGACGUGGAAACAAGCGUGCAGGACUGGCAGGAGCACAUGUGCCAGGCGUGGGCUCCAGAGGAGAUUCAGGAACUGAUGCAGGCCGAUGCUGAGAGAGAGGACAAGAACAUGUGGUCGUCCUGCGACGUCACCCAGAACCCAGGGAAGCACCAGGAUCCUGAGCUGGACUCUGGCUCUUGCACAUCAGCACCAGAGGAUCUCACGCUUCCAGAAAACUCCUCAAAACUACUCCAAACUAAGCUCAAGUGGCCCCCUGCUGCAGACCAGAGGCUGCCAUCUUUGUCUCCAAAGGUGCCCCCUCCUCCCCCGCUGGCUGACCCCUCUGCGAGUGCGCUCCGGAGCCUCCUCACCAGCCUCCAGCAGCAAAUACUGAGGCAGCGGGAGGAUUAUGAGGCGCAAAUCAUCAGCCUGGAGCAGCGAAAUGAAGAGCUGCAGCUGGAGGUGGUCCGUUUGAAAACCAACCUCUCGCAGCAGCGACACUGGUACCAGGUGGUUCAGGCCAAGAUCGAGGAGUCAGAGAGGGCCCGGACUGCUGCGGAGCUUCGCAACGCCACGCUGCAGAGGGAGAUGGAGCAGUUCUUCGACACCUUCGGCGAGCUCAACAACGAGGCGAAGAAAACAGAAUACAUCGUCAAGAGCUUCUGAGCACGGAGUUUGAACAGUUUCCGAGAGGGUCGCCUCAUCUCUAUACUCCUGCUAGAAUUCCUUGAAUGUCUGGAAGUAGAACUUUAAUUUUCUGAAGUCUGUUUAGAAGAAUGUUCUUAGAAAAGCACAGGAAACAAAAAUAUUCACUGAUAUCCACUUUAUUAGCUUUGAUAAUGGAUAAAAGAUGUUGGCCGAGUUCUAACGUGGUGGUCAAGACAUAUCACGCGGGGUCUCCAGAGUUCUGUCCACAUCUGCUAACAUUUUACAUCAUUUUCUGCCCACUUUGUAGGUCAUUUAAGGCAUAACAGAAAGAAUAAAGUCCUGGCUGUGUACAGAAAGUCCUCAGUGGCUCCAUAGUGUCUUUAUUUCCAUAGCUCUGUGUGAACAUUUAGGGCGACGAGCAGCUCAGUUUCCUCAAAGUUCAUCUUCUGAUUCUGGGAUUCACCGCCUCUAUCGUCAUGGAAACUGCACCUUCAGGACUUUCUGCUGAACGGUAAACUUUCUCCACUGACUUUCUUUUUGUAAAACAGAACUACAAGAUCAUGUCGAUAUCAUUUUUAGAUUUACAAGGCAACAAAAACAAAAAAAGUGCAUUUCUCAAACCCAAGAGCUUCAAAUUACAGUAGCAGAAAGGAGAGCUGACGUCUUUAGAACAAGCAUCUUCUUGGCCUGACGCCUUCAUGCAACAUGAUUCUUGUGGUCUGACGUGUCUUCUACAGGAUGAUUGUUUCUGUCAUUUUUCCAGCAUUAAUGGAAUGGUUUGGAGAAAAAUCAGCCUGUGAGUGGUGAAAGCUAGAGUUCCCACAUUAGGACCUCUGUGUGGUUUAUGUGCAACACUUUGCAAGAACAAAAAAACAAACAAAAAAAAUUACAUUUAUUUAUCAUUCUGCCUUUUUUAGGUUUCUAGAUUUGAUUUUGAUCAACAGAAUGAAAGUUUGCAUUAAAGUCAACAGAUGAUUUUUGUUUUCUACAGUAAUGUUGAACGUCUCAACAGAACAGGCACACUUUUGAUUUGUUCGAUUCAAACCUGGACAACUUCACAAAUGUAACACUGUAUGGAGACGUGAUGCUAUCACUGCAGCUGCAGCGUCUUUCCUGCUGUAAGAAGAGAAAAUUCACAUCACUCAUGCAAAUGAUGUGAAGUCAGAGUGCAGAGAGCGGCGCUGUGCAGGUCUGAGUGUGAAGGGUUCGAGUCUGCUGCCGGAUGUCCGAUCGACAACACACUUUUGAUCUGUUUGGCUUUCAUGCACCAGCAGGAACUUAGGUUUAGUGCGCAGGUCUGCUCUACUUUGAUGACGGUAACGGCUUAACUUAAUAUUUACUUAAAAAAUGAAAUAAAACAAGUCAGUCAAGUAAUAUAAAUCAAAUCAUGCUCCCUCCUCCUCAUGACUUCUGAUGUCAUCAAAAUAAAUAGGCAUCACACAAGGAGAAAAACUAGGAUUUUGCAGGGAAGAGAAAAAAAAAUCAAAUCAAAAAUAAGACAAAAAUGUAAAAAA